GUAUUUUCCCAGAAUGCUUGCCGAUAGGAAGGCCCUCGGAAAAACGGCAGUGCGGCAGAACGCAAUAAAUAGUACCUCGCUGCCGAGGUUUUGUCAGUUGCACUGACAUGGCGCCCCUCACCUUCCUUGCAGUGGCCCUCGCCUUUGUGGCGGCCGCCAGCGGCGCCAAUGUUAAGGUCUUCAACUUUGCCCGCGACCCCUCCUUGGCUGCCGCCGAGCCGUCCAUCUUCGCUUGGGCUCCGCUGGGCCUGGACAAGACGUUCGUGCCCUCUACCGACGACCAGAUCGUAGGCGGAAAGGACGCCAAGCGCAACCAGUUCCCCCACCAAGCCUCCAUGCAGGUGUCGGUCCCCGGCUACCCUAAGCCGCAGCACAUCUGCGGAGGUACCCUCAUCGCGGACACCUGGGUGCUAACGGCCGCACACUGCGUCUACGGCGUGCCCUCGUUCGCCACCGGUGUCUCCGUCGUUCUGGGCAUCACCAGCCUGACCAAGGACGACGGACAGCGCCUGACCGUCGAGCAGGCCAUGGUGCACGCCCAGUACGACCCUCAGGCCAACGUCGGCCCCUACGACAUCGCCCUUCUCAAGCUCAAAGGCAAGGCCCAGCUUAACAAAGGCGUCAAGAUCGCGCAACUGCCUAAGGCCAACGCCAUCCCCAAAGGAAAGGCCAUCCUCUCGGGCUGGGGCAGCACCAGCCAGGACGGAGACCACCCCGUGUACCCCGACAAGCUCCAGACCCUGGACUUCCCCGUCGUUGACUUCAAGACGUGCUACGACUACAUCACCGACAUCUCGCCUAAGGAGCCGAAUCCACUUACGGACACCAACCUUUGCGUUGGCGACCUGAAAAAGACUGGCCUCUCCUCCUGCAGUGGCGACAGUGGCGGCCCUCUGAUCCAGAAGGACGGCUGGUUCGGCGAGAAGACUGUUGUCGUCGGCGUCGUCUCCUGGGGUCUCAAGAACUGCGGCAGCAUCCCCUUCCCCUCCGUUUUCACCCGCGUGUCCGCCUACAACGAAUGGAUCAACUUGAUAAUGAAAAACUACCAGUAGAAAAGAGCAAUAAACAUUAUAAAAAAACAA